CGCAGCCCCCGCGGCCCGCGGCGAGGCCGUCCCCGUACCCGGAGCAACUUGCCUCGGACCCUCUGUGAGGAGAGGCGGCGGCGGCGGCGCGCGCCGGGGCCGGGCGGGAGCGGGGCGAGCCGUGCGGGCGCCCGGCGCGAUGCCUCGGGCCGGCGGUCCCCGCGCGCCGCGCCCCGCCGCGCUGCCCCGCAGCCUGUCCCGCCUGCGCGAGUGCCCGGGCCGCUCCCGCAUCGUGCUGGCGCUCGGGGCCACGCAGAUGGCGCUCGGAUGCCUCAUCGUGGCCGUGAGCUUCGCCGCGCUGGCGCUCACCACCUCGGCCCGCGUCCGCCACUCCUGCCCCUUCUGGGCCGGCUUCUCGGUGCUGCUGUCAGGACUCAUUGGUGUCGUCUCCUGGAAAAGGCCUCUCUCCCUCGUGAUAACCUUUUUCAUGCUGCUCUCUGCAGUGUGUGUAAUGCUGAAUUUGGCUGGUUCAAUUCUCUCCUGUCAGAAUGCUCAGCUAGUCACCUCCCUAGCAGGCUGUCAGUUGAUUAAGUUUGACAGUGUCGAGGUGUGUGUCUGCUGUGAAAUGCAGCACCAGUCUUCAGGCUGCAGCAACCUGGGCGAGACACUGAAGCUGAACCCACUGCAGGAGGACUGCAAUGCCGUGCGGCUGACGCUGAAGGAUCUCCUCUUCAGCGUGUGCGCCCUCAACGUCCUCUCCACCAUCGUGUGUGCAUUGGCCACAGCCAUGUGCUGCAUGCAGAUGGUCUCCUCUGACGUCCUGCAGAUGUUCCUUCCACAAAGGGCGCAUUCCGCCAGCCCUGCCUGCGUGACCCCCCACGGCACUGUCCUCCACCAGACCCUGGACUUCGAUGAGUUCGUGCCCCCGCUGCCCCCUCCCCCCUACUACCCUCCAGAGUACACCUGCACGCCCAUGGCCGAGGCCCACAGGGGCCUCCACCUGGACUUUGCUCCCUCUCCGUUCAGCACUCUGUAUGAUGUUGCCAUCAACAGCCCUGGCCUGCUCUACCCCGCCGAGCUCCCCCCGCCCUACGAGGCCGUGGUGGGCCCGACCCCAGCCAGCCAGCUUACAAGUAUGGAUCAGCAGGUGACCGAAUCCAGCUCCGGAGACGCAGACGCCGCUGCUGGCUUCAGCGCUCAAGUGCCGGCUGACAGAGCAAGCCUCCCAGCAACCGAGGGCACCACCACACCGGGCCCGAGCCUCGCGUCCCCCGAUGGCCCUCUGGGCGCCCCACCACCUCUGCCGCCUGCCCAGCGCCACGGCCACGCGUCCCUGGAGGGCCCAGACCAGGGCACGCGGGCGCAGCUGGGUCCCGGACGCGUGGCUCGCUCCGCCAGCGACCCCACCUCGUGCACGUCUGGCACAGCAGGCGCUGCCUCUUCCCACGCUCCCUCCCGCAGCCAGGACCUCGAAGCAGGGCUGUCCCAGGCGGCCCUGGGGACCGUUUCCCUAUCUCGCUCUGUCAUGGCCACCGGUGCUUGUCGGCACCAGCUUUCACCCUCUGGGGAACCAGAUGCCUGGAAAAUCCACCAGCGGUUAAAGCCAGAGGCCUUACAGAUGGUCUCCAAAGAGCGGCCGCACUCUUUAGUGGACAGCAAGGCCUACGCAGAUGCCAGGGUUUUGGUGGCUAAAUUUUUGGAACACUCAAACUGUGCCCUCCCUCCCGAGGUGCGGCAUGUGGUGGGCGCCAUCCGCUCAGUGGUGACCUCUGAAGAGUGCCCCGUGGAGGAGGCCGUCUUCAGCACCGGUGUUCUGGACCAGGUGUGAACGAGCCACAGGUCUAGACGUGGACAUGGACAGGCCUGGUGCCAAACUGUCCUGCCAGAGGCCACUGUGCUCUCAGGUGGGAGGCCUGCAGCCCCAGAGUGUCUCCUGGUGGCUCAGGAGGGGACUCCUGUUCCUUCUCUUCAGGGGGCUGAUCAGUUGUUCUCGUGGGAUGACACUUCCUAUAUUCCAGUAAGACAGAAAACGACUCUCAUGUCCAUCGUGAACUCUUUGGUUUUGUCAGGCAUGUAGCACCUUGAACUAACCAGCAUUACAGGAAUACAGUGACAGGUGACACUCAUGUAACUAAAGACACUAAGUAUCUUCAAAAUCAGGGCCAUCAAAACACAGGCUUCUCCCCCACCCUGAGUCAGUUCAGUGUUAAGUGGACAGACACUGACAUCACGUCAUGAGACCAUUUUCCCACGUGGUUUGUAUCGCUCAGUGAUCAACCUUUUAUCAUCUUAUGCUGACUUGGAAAAAAAUAGGUAAUUCCAGCACAGAUGGCAGCCCGGGCCCAGCUUUCUGCCCACAGGGCUUUUGUGAGAUCAAAUAUGAUACAAUGCGGGACCGCGCUGUGGCCUGGCCACCCCCAGGAAGCAGACUGGGGUGGCAAGGGGCUUUGAGAGACCGCCCCCCAUCACCCCGUCUCCCGGGCCUCCCAUCUCAGCCCUCAUUCUGUGGGGUGCCUUCACUGCUUGCUGUCUGGCUCUCUCUCUGCUGUUUCCCACUCUUAAACUGGUUCCAGUACGGAGCUGACUCUUAGUUGUUACUUGAUCCCUAACAAUAAGCGCCCGUGGCAAGCCCCUUUGGGGGUUUCCAGUGUCUGCCUUCCAGAAUGGCGUCGGUGGGUGGGCGUCUGGGGGAAGAGGCCUGCCCCUAUGGAAUACGUGCACCUCCUCAGGAAGCAGGGCUCUGAUGGCCCGGAGUGGUCCCUUCCCUUCCCCUGCCAGGUAUCAGCAGCUAUGUCCAUGUUGGAGGACGCAGGUUGUUAAUCAUUUAUUUCCAUAAAACACCACUGAGCUGGGUAUGCAGAAGCAGCCUGGACCAGUCUCCUCUGCAACGGCAAGUUGGGCACCCCGCCCCUCAUGUUCUGGCAACAUCCACAGCAGCUGCUUCCCAGCAGCAGCCCUGGAGCAGCACUGUCCUGGAGGCAACUUUCUGCAGCCAUGGGACUGCCCGUGCCUGUGCCAUCCACAGCGGCAGCCACUAGCAUCUGAACUGUAACUGUGGCCAGUGGCCCCUGCAUGGACAAGGCAGCCCAGAGCCCGACGUUCCCAACAUACAGCCCACGGGCCUGGCACCGGAGUGCAGAGGGAGGAUGGACAGGUGCUCACCACUGCUCAGUGCCUGGCAAUUGGGGGGCCACAUGCUGCCCUGCCCUCUGCUCUGUGCCCCACUGUAGCCAAUGUGCUGGGGGUGCAUCUGUGUGGGUGGAGGCUGGGAAGGAGGCAGCAGGGAGGGUUUCCAGCUCAGACACCCUGAGCCCCCGGGAACUGAGGAGUGGAAGCCCUCAGUGACAGCCAGCUGCGAACACUCCGAGUGCGUCACUAAUGUUAUCGGUCAUUCAUUGCCUCCCAGAGGUGAGAGAGCUGGAAAAAUAUAAAUCAGGCCUUUUGAUGACAACCAGAACUUUCCCACUAGAGACAUACCAGAGAUGAAUUUAUGAGCACUUUAUUCAGACUGUAAAACGGGAGAUCUAUUCUCUAUUUUUCUCCUGAGGGCUUUUGAAGUCCCCCAAAGCAAGUCCCCUCGCAGGUCGAGUUAAUUGACGGUUUUUCCACGUGGCCUCCCCUGAGCCUGCUGGCAAAGCGUUAAUGGCCCCCACACCCCUGCCUCUGAAUCAGGGCCUCUGUCAGCAUCUCUGGGGAGGGAGCCAGAGAUUAGCAGGCUGCAGGGGUUUCUCUGCUUGGGGGGGCGGUCCACACAGUGGUCCCUGGGCCGAGCCCUCGGGUGGGCUAAGCCUGCAGUUGUCAGACCCGGGACCCAGCUGCAAUUCGGGCGAGGCCAACCUUUACCCUCCCCACCCCCACCUCUGGGGUGGAACUCAGCAUCAGUAUUUUUACUGGGCAGCCAGGGUGAGCGCCUGGCCUCGUGCUCCGUGUUCUUUGCUUCUCCUCCCUACAGCGAGACAGUAUCUUUUCUGCCACCUGGACUUCUGCCACAGGCUGUGCCUCCACUUAGGUGCAAGCAGGUACUCUGGCCCAAAGCCCAUGGUCUUGGAGGUUCUGAGUGCUCUGCCCUUCACACGCCCUCUCACGCUGUUUUGUAUUCGCUCUCAUAGCAACUCCAUCCUGCAGAUGAGGAAACUGUACCUCAUUUUAUACCACUGAGCUAGAAUCUUCUGCCUCCUAGAAACAGUGCUGUCAGGAUGGCGAGGGGGCGUGGCCCUCCUGCUCAGGGCCCGCAGUGGUCCACGUGGGUUCUAGCGGGGGCCCAGGCUCCUGGCUACCAGGAAAGGUCCUGGAAGAGAGCGGUGCCAGUAGAGCCACUAGGAAUGGGCCAGGGACCCGACUCGCCAGCUCUGGUGCCCUUGACCCUGCUCUGCUCAGCAGCAUCCAGGAACCAGGAGCCCCAGACCAUGUGGGCGCGUGGCCAAAGGGGAAGGCUGGUGUCCACCCUCUCCCUCGUGCACCGUCUCUCACCCGGGAGCCUCGCGCUCUUGGCAUCUGAAAGGGUCCCUCUCCCCCUCCAGCUGGGCCCUGUUCUCCCCGCUCUCCUUAGCAUAUCAGCAGGCCAGGGCAGAACUGGACAGGCUGUACUAGGAAGCCGA